AUGUCUCGCAAUAACGAUUCCACGAGCGACGAGCACCACGAAAACGCGACCGACGAUGGCUACGCGCGAAACCUCCAAGGCCAACAUGUCGAUCUCGAACGAGGAGCCGAGAAGCGCAACAAGGCCUUCCCGGGCGAUAACCAAGCGCCUUUACGAUUGAAGGAUCGCGUUGUGAGGGUUACUUGGUCUUGGUUUCCCUGCACAAUGUCAACAGGUGGUCUCGCCAAUUUGCUUGGGGAGCAGCCAUACACUUUUACCGGGCUUCAAACAAUUGGCAAGAUUGUGUUUAUCCUCAAUCUGGUGCUUUUCGUCACGUUUACCACCCUGAUACUUGCACGCUUCAUUAUGAAACCACGGGCAUUCUCAACAAGUCUUCAUCAUCCAUCCGAAUCCUUCUUUUUUGGCUCAUUCUGGGUUUCUAUUGCGCUUAUCCUCAAUGGCGCGCAAUCGUACGGUGGACCUGCGACGGGCGAAUGGUUCACGACCGCGAUGAGGGUCGUUUUCUGGAUAUACUAUGCAUGCGAAAUGAUUGUCGCUGUGUCGCAGUAUCACACCAUCUUUGAGACUGAGAGAUUGGACAUUUCUGAGGCGUUGCCAGCUUGGAUUUUGCCUGCUUAUCCCUUCUUGGUUACUGGUAUUUUGGCCGCUAAGAUCGCGGGGAGUCAGCCUCAAUGGAGCGCUGUGCAGAUCAUUGUUGCAGGUCUUAUGGGCCAGGGUCUUGGUUGGAUGCUUGCCCUGUUCAUUUACGCUGUUUAUUUGUCGCGUCUGAUCCAGCAUCCAUUGCCAGCUGCGUCCAAGAGGCCUGGAAUGUUUAUCGCUGUUGGACCUACAGCUUUCACAUGCGCUGGUCUCAUCUCACUUGGCACCCAAGCCAAGUCCGCUCUCCCAAGCGAUUUCCUCGGUAGUUUAAGCUUCCCCAUCGGUGAAGUCUGGUACGCUGUCUCCGUCGCCGUCGGCCUUUUCAUCUGGCUCGUCGCCAUCUGGUUCUCUGCCCUGUCCGCUCUCUCCGUCCUUCGAGGUGUGCGCAACAUGGAAUUUAGUCUCACCUGGUGGGCGCUUGUCUUCCCCAACGUCGGUCUCGCUCUUGCAACCAUCAACGUCGGGAAGAACCUGUCUUCUCGUGGUAUCCAGAUUUUUGGCUCUGCCUUGACUGUUGUUCUCGUCGCGCUGUGGUUUGUCUGUGCAUUUGCUCAUAUUAGAGCGAUUAUUAAGAGAGACUUGCUUGCUGUUGGGAAGGACAUGGAUGUUGAGCAUGUUAAUAAGCAGCAUGACAAGAAGAAGGCCAAGCACGAGUCAAAGUCACAAAAGUCGAACUAG